UGUGACGCCAUGACGCAGCCCGUGCGUUUACGGAUGUAAACACUGCUCGGCUCACGUGGAGGGAAAACCGACUAUGGCACCGAGGCUGGAGCGUUUUGUCAGCCCGGGAAAGGGUAACGGUCUACGGGCGACAGCCAGGAUCGGGAGAGGAGAGCUGGUGUACUCCGCCGAGCCGCUGGCGUGCUGUGUGUCCAACAGACAUGCUAGAGAAGUCUGCCACGGCUGCUUCACACGAUGCGAGACCUUGUUGAGGUGUUCCCAGUGUAAGACGGCUCACUACUGCAAUAUCACUUGCCAGAAACAAGCAUGGCCUGGCCAUAAGAGAGAGUGUAAAUGUCUGCGGAGCCUGCUACCCAGAAUUCCCACUGACUCAGUCCGUCUGUCUGCAAGACUCAUCUUUGCCUUGUUAAGUCCACCUAAGGGCAGUAGUGAGGAGUUAUACACUUUCGAGAACCAUGAAUCACACCUGAGUUCCAUGUCUGAGCAGAAGAAACAAGGUCUGUAUCAGCUGGCUUCCAUGUUAGAGCUGUACUUACAACAGGAAGCACCUGACCUGGCACAGGAAAUGAUCUCAGCCAUGCCACCUUCCUGCCGCGAACCCCUCAGCCUUAUUGCAAAGGUGACAUGCAACUGUUUCACCAUAAGUGAUGGAGAGCUGCAAGAGAUUGGAGUUGGGCUGUAUCCAAGUCUGUCUCUGUUAAACCAUGACUGCAGGCCAAACUGUGUGAUGGUGUUUGAGGGCACAAAACUGCAGCUCAGAGCUGUUCGAGUUAUCAAUCCUGAGGAGGAGCUCACUAUCAGUUACAUUGAGACGUUGUCCCUUACCGAAGAUCGCCAGAGACAGCUGGAGGACCAGUACCAUUUCACCUGCCACUGCCAGCGAUGUGACUCUCAAGACAAAGAUGGACUCAUGCUGUGUGGUGAAGAAGCAAGGUGGCGCCUGUUGAAAGAGGCUCUACCCGGACUGGAAGGGCAAAAAGCAGAGUCGGAUUGGAAAUCACUACUAAAAAGCUGUAGUCAUUUGUUAUCAACUGUUGGUGGUGACGUGCCUGAUGAAAAUCUCUACAAGCUCAGAAUGACAGACAUGGCUUUGGAUGCCUCCAUUCACCUGGGACACUGGGAGGAAGCUGUGAGAUAUGGGGAGAAGACAAUUCCAUUGUACAGACAAUACUACCCUGAUCCCCAUCCGGUCCAUGGAGUCCAACUGAUGAGAGUUGGAAAGCUGCAACAUUACCUGGAACGCAUCGAGGAUGCUUUGGACACAUUCAAACAGGCCUAUCAGAUCAUAAAGGUCACCCAUGGUGAUGAUCACCCCCUGACCACUGAUCUGUCGAUGAAGAUGGAAGAAUGUCACGCUGAGAUGGAUCGGCAGUCAUCCAGCAGUCACUAACACACCAAUACAACAGCUACUUGACUCCUUUAGAAUGUAACUUGAUGUACAGAUUUCACUUUCUGUCCCAAUGCCGCGAGUGUAUUCAUGAACUUCAGUCAACAGAUUUCUGCUAAAUAAAAAUAAAAUGAAUGAAAAUAAAAACAUUU